UCUGCAAGGCAGUCUCAAAGGUGAGGCCAUAAAGCAAAAACAGCAAGUGAUAACGAAGCAGCACUCGAUCGUGUCAGCUGCAGAAGUUCCCACGUUUCACUCCGCUUCAUAAACCCCACGCACCGCGCGACAACAGGGUCAACGCUGCCAGAUCUGCGAAGCCAUGGCGAUUAAAGUGCUACUGCUGGGCCUCCUGCUUAUUUUCGCUGUCGAUGCUGAAGAAAAGUCUGGACUGCAGCCUUCUUGUGGUGAAAUGAGCCACCAGGCGUGUCCACUCAACCUCGCCCCCGUGUGCGGAACAGACGGCAUUACCUACCCCAACGAGUGUACUCUCUGUUUCGAGAGACAGAGAACCAAAGCCAACAUCUUAAUCAUGAAGUACGACGGCUGCUGAACGGGUGGAGUGAUGUCAGGAGUAUGAUGUCAUCAUGAAUUCCACAACGAUGUCAU